AUGUUGCGCAGCUGCCACAGCCUGCACGGCUGCUACAAGCUGCCGGGACGCAAGUCACUGGACGAGGUCUGCAAGCUGAGUCUCCUCGAGGCGACGCCGACGGCACAGGUGGCCAACAUCUGGAACGAGCACCACAAACAGUUCGUCCAGUACUGGGGCCGCACGAUAUCGGCAGAGGCCUACGAGGCCCUGCAGCCGCGCCUGCAGAAAUGCCCGUAUUUCGUCAUCCCUGUAUUCCGCUCCAAGGGACUCUUCAACGUCGUGACAAACUGGGACAAGGACCUUGUGGGCGUUGCACCGCUGGGAGAGUGGCAGAAGAAACAGGACCACGCGCAGAUCGACAUGACUGUUCAAUUCUUCACAGAGUUGGUGCGUACGAAGCGCAUCGUCCUUGUGCGGUGUGAGAUCAAGGACAAGAUUUUCGUGCGCCAGGACUGUGUGUUCAUCACGCAGAUGCUGCUCAAGUAUUACACCAUUCCGCGACUAUAUGAGACGUGGGUGGAGGUCUUCAACAAGCGCCCGCACCAGUUUGACUACCACAUGUACCUGCGGAACAUGAAGGAGGAGGCACAGCGCGACGACAUUCGAAUCGAGGACAAAAAGACUCAGAUGCGACUGGACGCAUACGGACCGGUGAUCGACACACCACCGGACGCGAUUGCGAAGCAGAUCCUGAGCAGUGUCGACACAGGUGUAUUGCAAGGGGGCGGAAAGACGACGCCAUAG